GGGACAGCAAGUGCCUAAUGGAAGCUUAUUCAUUGCAGGCCAGUAGUGAGUCAUCCUAGAUGAUAGUAUCUUUGUUCACCUAGAGUUUACUAUAAAAUGUGUAAAGAUUUUAGAAAUUAUGCAUUUUUGUAUUUGUUAUAUAAUUAUUGAAUGCCUAUGCAGGGCCAGGCAUAAUUUUAGCCACUGGUGAUAAAAACGAAAAAGACCAAAAUAAAUAAAUAAAUAAAUAAAAUAAAAAAUAAAAAUAAAAAUACCUAAAGUAUUAAACAGUAUUUGAGCACCCUCUAACUCACUCUAUACUAUGAUAUACAGUUUUUCAUUUAACUAACACAGCAUUCUGGCAAAAUAACUGCAUAUUUUAUGUUGCUAAGCAGUUUAGGUAUUGAGAGAGAAAGUAAAUUGCUUAAGGCCAUGUAGCUUGUUAGUGAAAAAUCUGAUUUUUAAAUUUAAGUCAAAUUCCAAAUUCCACUGUAUUUUCACUGUAAACAGAGUGCAGUUUCCACUGUACUGCAUUUUUUUGGUACCAGAACUUAAGAGUUAAUUUCUAGACAUCUCACAAACAUAUAGUGAGAACAGAGUAAAGUAGAAAAUUAAAAAUUCUGCUCCUAAAGUAAUCAUUUGAGGAUGCUAACUUUAGUAGAGUGUGCAAGUGUAGCACAAAGAAUUGCUUUUGUAAUUAUCCUCAUCCUUCCCAGCAGCUGUGCCAGUUUCUCUGAUCCAUUCACAAUGAAAUUUUUCAAAAUUGUCUCAGAGUUAGGGCUUUCUUACAUCCUUGGGAUACUCUAUCCAGUUUGGCUUCCAUCUGUACUGUACCCUUCUUCCUUGUCAAAGCUUCUUUUUCCCAAGUACUGGAUAUCAAAUCCAGGGCCUUCUCACUGAGCUACAUCCCCAGCCUCCCCCCCCAACCCUUUUUUAUUUUUUAUUUUGAGACAGGGCUCACUAAGUCCCUGAGUUGCCCAGGCUAACCUUGAACUUGUUUUUUUGUUUUUUGAUUUUUCAGAGUUUUUUAUACUAGGAAUUGAGUUCAGGACCUUGCACUUGCCAGGCAGGCGCUUAUGCUGCUGAGCUAUAACCGCUGACCCCUAGGCCUAGGCUUCAACUUGUGAUCCUGCCUCAUGUUCUCAGAGUGCUGGGAUUCAGGUGUAUGCUACCACACAAACUCAGCUCACUUUUGUUUCUUUAAUUUCCUAAAUACCACAUUCUUCUGGUUUUCUUCUGUCCUAUGCUUCCCUUACUAAAAUAUCAAAGCCUCAGAUUUUAUUCAGUCUCCCCAAGUAGUAUCCAGUCCUGGUGAAGGAAACUCCCAACCUACUAUAUGUCCAGAAUGAGUUCGAGUUCUCUAAAAUCGAAGAAUGAAUUUUAGGAAUAACAGAGGUUAAGAGCAGAAAUAUUAAUUGAGAGAAAGAAAGCGUCUGUCUGAGAGAGGGACAGAAGGGGUCCCUUGUGGGUUGCCAAAGAGUCUAUAUUUUCUUGGGAUUUUUAUAGAGUAAAAUCAUGGCGUGAGACGAGUCUAAAGUUGGGGAAAACUGGGCACUUAUAAGGCAAAUGGACAUGAGGUGGGACAGAGCUAUGGUCAACCAGUAAGUUUAAUUGUUUAGGUAAAAUUGGACAAAUGGGGAAGCAGGUCACAUCACUGACUCUUCCUAUAGAGGGUUGGGAUGGUGACUCCUGACUUCUCAAGGUGAUCCAGACUUAAUCACUAAGGAUAUACUUAAGGGUGUGGUUGCAUUUGUUUUGCCUUCUGUCCUGAGAUCUGGCCCAUAGCAAGAGAUGUGUGUCCCCGCCAAGGUCAUCAGACAUCUGGUCCUCCAUGUCAGCUUCUUUCAAGGCCUAGCCCUGUCUCAUUGCCUAUAAUAUUUCUGACUAGCUCAGUUACCUGUAACACUGGGACUUUAGAAAAUGACUAGGUCUCAUGGCAACUUAAUUUAUAUAUCUAGUCUGCCACAUUUCCCACUAAAUUUAAGACUUCCUGUUUGUCCUCUCUCCCAUUGUAAUAGCCAAUAAAUAUUUCAGUCUUUUCUUUCUUUCUUUCUUUGUUUUAGACAGAGUCUCCUUAUGUAGUUUAGGCUGGCCUUGAACUCACUAUGAAGCUCAGGCUGAUAUCAAAUUUCUGCCCCAGCCUCCCAGGUGCUGGGGUUACAGUUUACCACCUUACCAGGCUUCCCAUUUCAUUUAAUGGUGCAACCAUUCACCCAUUUGUUCAGAUCAAAAUCUAGGAAUUAAUUUCUCUUUUUUUUCCUUACUCCCCACAUCCAAUCAAAAACCAAAUUCAUUGACUUUUUAUAUUCAUGAUAAGUGUAUUCCAAAUUCAGAGAUAGGAAAACAAAGUCAAAUUGCAUGAUCCAACGUUGCAUCAAUAGUAGUGGGUGAGACUAUAAGAAAGAUUCACUGUGUAAUGUUCAGGCUGAAUUGGUACAAGUUACAUAAUCAGAGGGGUGGACAAACUCCAUUUUAAACCAAGAGAACUCUUUUUUAAAGCAAAUGCUGUGGCACAGAAUAAUUUACUAACACUCUUCAAGUAGUUUAGUGUGGCUACAGUAAAUUUGUUUAGUAAAUAGGCUAGUCUAACCAACAAGAUCUAGGUUGUGAAAGGUUGUAACCUAGAAUUUGUCUUUGUUUUAGGUUUGGGCUUUGUUUUUGAGGCAAGGUGCUGCUUUAUAGUUCAGGGCUGGUCUUGAAUUUUCUCUGUAGCCCAUGCUGGCCUCAAACUUGAGAUCUUCCUGUCUUAAACUUCUGAGUGCCUAAGCUAAAGACUUUGAAGCUCUGAAAAAGUUCUGGUAAAAAUUCUUACAGUGCGGGGCUAGGGAUUUAGCUCAGCGGCAUAAGCGCCUGCCUUGGAAGCAGGCAGUCGUGAGUUUGAUCCCCGGUACCAAUAAAACGGAAAAAGACCAAAAAAAAAAAAAAAAAGAAAGAAAGAAAGAAAAGUAUCUUUAAAAAAAAAAAAUUCUGACUUCUGGGAGAACAUGGCGGAUAGAUAACAGCAACUACCGGAGGCUCUUUGAAAGGCUCGGCUCAGAAAUCAGGAAUGAUGCGGACUAAGGAGACAUGAGCCGGUAGAGAUACGCUCUGCUGACUCAGGAACGAACUGGGCUGAGAGAAACCAACUUGGAAUGCAGUCCUGGUGCUAAAAUAGGAACAGAAAAGUCUCGGUGUGGAGGCUGGACCCCACGCCAUUGGAAACCGCGGUUUGGAUUUCCCACCACUCGGCGGCUGGCUGCCUCCACAGCGGCUCGGCAAGGAGAGAUGCGCAGAAGCUCUGGGAACGGGAGUCUGCGAACGGAGUCGAAAACAGGAUGGACAAGGAGGCGUACACUGACUGGUGGCGAGGAUGCGUGUGGUGUUUACAGCGAAGGUACUCCCUCCAGCCCAUGCCCGAGAGGAGGGUUCCCCGCCGGUAUUUGGGCCAGCCCAGCCCCUUCACACACCCUCAUCUCCUCAGACCAGGGGAGGUGACACCAGGACUGUCUCAGGUGGAAUAUGCACUUCGCAGACACAAACUAAUGUCUCUGAUCCACAAAGAAGCCCAUGGGCAGAGUGGGACAGACCAGACAGUAGUUGUGCUCUCCAACCCUAUGUACUACAUGAGCAACGACAUCCCCUACCCUUUCCACCAGGACAACAAUUUCCUCUACUUGUGUGGAUUCCAAGAGCCCGAUAGCAUUCUGGUCCUUCAGAGCCUCCCUGGCAAGCAGUUACCAUCACACAAGGCCAUACUUUUUGUGCCUCGAAGAGACCCUAGUCGGGAACUUUGGGACGGUCCCCGAUCCGGCACAGACGGAGCAGUGGCUCUAACUGGAGUGGAUGAAGCCUAUCCCCUGGAAGAAUUCCAGCAUCUGCUACCCAGAAUGAAAGCUGAGACGAGCACAGUUUGGUAUGACUGGGUGAAGCCUUCGCACACACAGCUUCACUCUGACUACAUGCAGCACCUGACUGAGGCCAAGGCCAGGAGUAAGAACAAGGUCCAGGGGGUCCAGCACCUGAUACAGCGCCUGCGGCUAAUCAAAUCUCCUGCAGAAAUCGAGAGAAUGCAGAUUGCUGGCAAGCUGACAUCACAGGCGUUCAUAGAGACCAUGUUUGCCAGCAAAGCUCCGGUGGAGGAAGCCUUCCUCUACGCCAAGUUUGAGUUUGAAUGUCGGGCACGCGGGGCAGACAUCUUGGCCUAUCCACCUGUGGUUGCUGGUGGGAACCGGUCCAACACUUUGCACUACGUGAAGAAUAAUCAGCUCAUCAAGGACGGGGAGAUGGUUCUUCUGGACGGGGGCUGUGAGUCUUCCUGCUACGUGAGCGACAUCACGCGGACCUGGCCUGUCAACGGCAGGUUCACCGCCCCUCAGGCAGAGCUCUAUGAAGCUGUCCUGGAGGUCCAGAGAGCCUGCCUGUCCCUCUGCUCAGCGGGGAUGAGCCUGGAGAACAUCUACAGCACAAUGCUCACGUUGAUCGGGCAGAGGCUCCGAGAGCUGGGGAUCUCGAGGAGCGGCAAGGAAAAUGGUGCCUUCAAGGCUGCUCGGAAAUACUGCCCUCACCACGUGGGUCACUACCUUGGGAUGGAUGUGCACGACACCCCAGACAUGUCCCGCUCCCUCCCGCUGCAGCCUGGGAUGGUGAUCACCAUUGAACCAGGCAUUUAUGUCCCAGAGGAUGACAGAGACGCUCCAGAGAAGUUUCGGGGUCUUGGUGUGCGGAUUGAGGAUGACGUAGUGGUGACGCAGCACUCACCUCUCAUCCUGUCGGCAGAUUGUCCCAAAGACCUGAAGGAGCUGGAACAGAUCUGCAGCAGAGCAUCCUGACCCCGCCGUGGCCCACAGCUUCGCAGGGUCAGGACAAGGCCUCUGUGCCUGUGUCUGUGCCUCUUGGCGCUUGCCAGGCCUCACCACGGAUGUGCGCAGUCAUGUGUGGGCUUUGUUAAGUAGAUGGAAACCUGGAAAAGUGAGUUGUGGAAUAGUUUGUUACUACAGCAAUAGUAACAUUAAUUCUGUAGUUUAAUUUUGAAAUGGAAAGCAAGGUCUUGCUAUAUAUGUCCAUGCAUUCCAGUGAGCACACUUAAACACUCACAAGACUCUCUUCUCUCUUUGGGCCCUUCCCUUCCUGCAUUUUCACUGAGAUCCAGCUAAUGUCACAGAUGUUUGUGCAAUGCCUGCGUUCUAAGCUCACCACUGUCUCUGCCCAUGCUGAGGGCCACCCAUCAGUGACCUGGGAAGCCAAGUUCACCUCCCCUGGGUCCCUCCGUCCUCUUCUAGGAGCCUUAGGAGGCCUCAGGGGCUCCCUUCUUUCAGCCACAGUCCUGAUUCCAGCAGCGGCAGGGACUGAACAAAACAGUUUUAAGCCUUUUUUGCCCCUUGGUUGCUGGGGCUUAGAGAAUAUUUAGCUUCUUCAUAAAAAAGAAAGUGGAGGGGCUGGGGAUUUAGCUCAGCAGCAUAAGCGCCUGCCUUGCAAGCAGGCAGUCGUGAGUUCAAUCCCUGGUACUGAUAAAAAAGAAAAAGACAAAAAAAAAAAGUGGAAGAGAAAAAGCAGGGUUAUAUCUUCGUCUGCCUCAGAUUCCACCCUCUAGCCGUCUCUUCCAUGUAAAGAUGAUUCCUUUCCCAGACAAACAUGUGUGCUUCACAAGUGCGAGUUUUAGUUUGGACAUGGAGGCCACACUGUAUUGCCCAAGCUGGUCUCAAAGUCAGGGUCUCAAGUGACCAUCCCACAUCAGCCUACCUAGUAACUGGGAUGACAGUACACCACGUAGCAGCUGGCUCUGUCAAAGGUCCUGAUUUUUUUUUUUUUUUUCUUUUUCUUUUUGGUACUGGGGAUGGAACUCAUGAUCUUGCACUUGCCAGGCUUAUGCCACUGAGUUAAAUGCUCAGCUCAUCAUAGGUUCUUUUUUUUUUUUUUUUUUUUUUUUUUGUCUUUUUCAUUUUUAUCGGUUCCAGGGAUCGAACUCACGACCGCCUGCUUGCAAGGCAGGUGCUUAUGCCGCUGAGCUAAACCCCCAGCCCCUCAUCAUAGGUUCUUAAUGCAUCAACCUCCGAGCCACGCUCAAAGGGAUCACACUGGCCAAAGGCAGCAACCCUUACUGAAAGCCUGGGUGUGGUGGCACAGGUCAGUAAUCCCAGAACUCAAGAAGGUUGGGACAGGAGGAUCUCAGCAAGUUCAAGGCCAGCCUGAAGUACAUAGUGAGACUGAAGCCCCACCCCCAGAAUAUAUUUUAUGUGCAUCUUUGUGUAGGACACAUGUAGAUCUUCCUCCCUACCCCCUUCAGUGGUGCAGAUCAAAGGGCUUAUGCAUGCCUGGCAAGUGCCCCAUGGCUGAGCUGCACUCCCAGCUCCUCACUAAUUUUUGUAAGGUCAGAAAAGGAAAACCCCUCCAUGAUCAUCAUGUCCUGAAAUUAAGGUGAAUGAAAACAAUCUUCAGAUAAAGACACUGUAGCUUCUUAAGACAGAGAGAAUCAGUGUUGUCCUGUUCUCCAUACAUCUGUCGUGCACUCCUCCUUUGGCUUUGCUACAGACACAGCAGCGUGACGCACGGUGCCCACAUGGUCACCACGGACACAGCAGGGCUGCCCCAGGCCCCGUACCAAUUUUCCUGUGACCACCGCACUAAGAGCAUUGGAGUUGUGCCAGGACCUGCUGUGCCCUCAGCUGGCAUGCAGUAGAUGCCAGUGAAGUCUGCAUGUGUGACAGAAAGUGAGGGCCCAGAAAGGACCUGCAUAGAAGAAGCGUCUAUAGCAUGCUUGGUGUUGUUCAUCUGGGUCUGCUGCGCUAGGCCCACAACCCAAAACCAAAGAGGCUAGGGGAGGCUUUCAGCCUGGAUGAACACUCUGAUCUCAAGGUUCCUGCCGCUGCGCUGCUGCAGAAUCCAUCUGCUCCCCCUUGUCCCUCCCAGGACUGCUCCACUCAGGGGGUCCCCUUGGACUUGCACCUCUCCGGUGUGUUGCACCAGGACCUGGGGAGGCUGCUCUUUGAUAGCAUUUCUUCAUGCUUUCUAUGACAUGUGCAAUUAUGUAAGUUCAACUUGGACAAAAGGCUGUUACUUUUUAAGUCCCUCUUCAUGGAAAAAUAGAUGUAUCACUCCCCAACAAGGGGAAAGCGUUUGUUACUGUCACUUUUUAAUAUAUAAAACUACAGAAA